CAAUCCUAAAUAAUGACACAUAACGGAAGUGAUUCUGAGGACGAAAGAUGGAGGACGAUGAUCUUGAAUACGAUAUAACAUUUCCCACACCGCUACCCGCUGAUGCACUAAACGACGAAGAUGUUUUGUCGGGGGAAAAAGAACCUGUUGCCAUAUUGUUAGGAUGGUUAGGCUGUACAGAGAAAUAUCUUUCAAAGUAUGGUCAAAUCUACAACGAAAGAGGAUGUAUAACUAUAAGAUACACUUCACCAAGGGAUACUGCAUAUUUUAAAGCGGACAAAUUGAAGGACAUAGCUUGCAAGUUACUAGACCUGUUAGAAGACUACUCCAUCACAGAAAAUCCCAUCAUAUUUCAUAUCUUUAGCAAUAAUGGUAGCUAUGUUUAUUCAAAUGUUGUUGAUGUUCUCACCAGUGGAGAUAAAAGGUACCAGAAUCUCAAUGUAUGUGGUGUUGUUAUUGACAGUGCACCUGGAAAACCUCGUUUCAAAAAUGCUGCCAUAGCUUAUGGGACAAGUAUAAAUGUUAAUCCAGUAUUGAAAUAUAUUAUGGUGUUAGGCCUAUGGUUUUAUUUAGCAGUCACUGGUGUUUUAUCGAAUCUAGCAGCAAAAGUCUAUCCGAAAAUAAAAGAAAAUAAUAAUCAUUUUCUUUACGACAAAAUGGCAUCUGAUCCCACCAGAUGGCCUAUGCUGUUUCUAUAUUCAACGUCAGAUAAAGUGAUCUUAGCCGAGGAUAUUGAAGAUAUGAUUAGCCGUAGACGUAAGCUUGGUGUAAGUGUCACAUCCAUGGUCUGGAAUGACACUGAUCAUGUGUCACAUUUGAGGAAACAUGCUGAGGAAUACUCUGAAAUUUGUGGGGAAUUUCUGCUUUCAUGUCUCGGCUAUGAACAAGAGUCGGAGCAGCAUUCGGAAGAAGAAACAGCUGAGACCAAUGAAGAGUACCUGUUGACAAAGAAGCAGUAAUAAUUGAUCCCUUUCCCAUAGAUUGUAACAGUUGGGGAGCAGUUUCAACAUCUAGCUUCUUAUUGGCUGAAUUUGAAUUUAAAAAUAGCCAAUGAAAAAGUUGCAUUUUGAUGCUGAUCUUCA